GUGUGUCUGCGUGCGUGCGUGCGUGCGUGAGUGAGUGUGUGUGUUGCGUCUGUCUGAAACAUGAAAUGCUUGCGUUGAUUCAAAACGGGGGAAUUACCACCAACAACAUCAUCAUUCCUCUCUUCCACGCAAAAAAACCCGUUCACACGCGCAGGGAGGAGCGCGAUGCAAUUAGGGUGAAAUUAUCCGAGCACGCUACCCUUGAAGGCGAGGAAGGCGUAUUACACACAUUAUUUUAAUUAGUGUUAAUGGUUUUAUUUACUACUGUCUUAUUCCGAUCCGAUUCAUGUAUUAACCCUUUGCUAUACUGGAUCGGACAUGUCGUGAUCAAUGAAAAGCAUCGGUUAAAUCUUAUGGAUUAAAAUACCUGAACUCAACCCGAGCCAAACCGCUCCUAUCUCCUCCCCUCUCCGUUUUUUUCUCCACCUCUCCCUCCCCUAUGCUCAAUUCGGUGUGUGUCUCCUCAUUCAAAGGGCGCAAAGGUGGCAACAAGACGUCCAACAAAGCAUGUUACAGCGCCGACAUGACUUGCCCGUCGGAAAGCGAGAAAAUCGUGAUCAACUGCGGCGGCGUGCGGCACGAGACGUACCGGAGCACCCUGAAGACGCUGCCCGGCACGCGCCUGUCGUGGCUCACUGAGCCCGACGCCUUCUGCAACUUCGACUACGACCCGAAGUCCGAUGAGUUCUUCUUCGACCGACACCCGUCCGUCUUCUCGUUCAUCCUCAACUACUACCGCACGGGCAAGUUACACUGUCCCAACGACGUGUGCGGGCCGCUGUUCGAGGAGGAGCUCGCCUUCUGGGGCAUCGACGAAACGGACGUGGAGGCGUGCUGCUGGAUGAACUACAGACAGCACCGGGACGCGGAGGAGGCUCUGGACAGCUUUGAGAACCCCGAGCCGGAGGUUCCGGAGGACGAUCCGGCUGCGCUGGCGGGGGACGGGGAUUUAAAGCGCCUCUGCAUGCAGGAGGACGCGAGGAAAAUGGGCUGGUGGCGCGUUUGGCGACCCAGAAUUUGGGCGCUCUUUGAAGACCCUUAUUCCUCCAAAUACGCACGGUAUGUGGCAUUUGGAUCCCUUCUAUUCAUCCUUAUUUCCAUUUCCACUUUUUGCAUGGAGACACAUGAAGCUUUCAACACCAUUUAUAACAAAACUGAGAAUAUUACAGAGGGGAACGUUACGAAGGAGGAGAUCGUACACGAAGUGGUCACGGACAGUUGGUUGAUGUACGUGGAGGGAGUGUGCGUGAUUUGGUUUACCAUCGAGGUUUUCACACGCGUCGUCUUCUGUCCUGACAAAGUUGAGUUCUUCAAGAGCUCGUUAAACAUCAUAGAUUUUGUUGCCAUCUUGCCCUUCUACCUAGAGGUCGGACUGAGUGGGCUUUCCUCCAAAGCAGCGAAAGACGUCCUGGGCUUCCUACGCGUGGUGCGGUUCGUUCGGAUUCUACGCAUCUUCAAGCUGACUCGUCACUUUGUGGGCUUGCGUGUUCUUGGACACACGCUUCGCGCCAGCACCAACGAGUUCCUCCUCCUCAUCAUCUUCCUCGCGCUUGGAGUUCUCAUCUUCGCCACUAUGAUCUACUAUGCUGAGAGGAUAGGAGCAAGUCCAGACGACCCUACGGCAAGCAAACACACCAACUUUAAAAAUAUCCCCAUUGGUUUCUGGUGGGCUGUGGUUACCAUGACCACCUUGGGUUAUGGAGAUAUGUACCCGGAGACUUGGUCGGGCAUGCUGGUGGGGGCGCUGUGUGCCCUGGCGGGCGUGCUGACUAUUGCAAUGCCAGUGCCUGUGAUUGUCAAUAACUUCGGCAUGUAUUACUCUCUUGCCAUGGCCAAACAGAAGCUGCCCAAAAAGAAAAAUAAACAUAUCCCACGAGCGCCGCAACCCGGCUCGCCCAAUUACUGCAAGCCGGAUGCCCUCGCCAUGGCGACAGCCUCACCCCAGAGGAUCCUGGGUAAUGUGCUGGGUGGUGUGCUGGGGUCAAGCGGGCUGACGGGAGACUGCCCACUAGCUCAGGAGGAAAUUAUUGAAAUUAACAGAGACUCAAAGCAGAACGGUGAUGCAGCGAGUGCCGCUCUAGCAAAUGAGGACUGUCCAACAAUCGAUCAGGUUCUCAGUCCAGACGAGCGAAGCCCGAUGGGCCGGACCCGAGAGCGUUACCAGCAGGACAGAGCCUGCUUCCUCCUCAACACGCGAGAGUUCAGACCCACUGAUGGAAAUGUGCGGAAAGUGUUAAGUUUCUAGCAUUUGGCAAUUCUUAUAAGGAGACACAGUUUGUCACUGAAUCCUGAAAAUUUUGCCGAUGGGGCCGUACCAUCCACAUGGGACAUGUGAGGAAUGUCGCAGUGGCAAGAGGGUGUGACUGGGGAGGGAGGGGGGGGGACAAGGAAAAAUUCUGAGGCCGGAUCUUCACAUGGUAACCAAAGCAACCUCACCGAAAAUCCCAGAUCACUCCUCUUUCAACAGACUGACUGAACUGAACAUUGCACUGACACCUAGAAAGAGAAAAAUGACUCUUUAAGGAACGAAAGGAAAACAUUCCAAUGUUAUUUUGUCUGCCGUUUAAGAUCAAAACACCAGACGUUUUGACUGCCGCUGAUCUGGGCCCUGAGUUUCUGUAUAUUAAUCUAUAUAUAAGAAAGAAGGACCAAGUUAGAAUAAUUAUGUAGCAUUUUUGCUAAGACCUUGUAGCAUUUCUUGGCUGGGAGAACUCUCCAACAAACUUUCUAGAGACUGAUAUUCAUUGACAGUUUGCACAGAAUGACUAAAAAUGGCUUAGUCAUGAACCAUUAUUUUCUUAUGUUUUUCCCACACAGCAUUUUAGCAGCAAAAUGUGUCGUUUGUGCAUUGCCGUUUGGUAGCUUCCAUUCCCUGUCUGAGAAAAGUCUGAGUCUUAGAUUAGCUUUUAUUUUUGAAUGAAUCCAACGCACUAAAAAAGUUUAACACCGCACUCUGCAUAGCUAAGAGACGUACGUUGAUAUUCAGAAACAGUCUUCCAAUUUUUCCCUCAAGUUCAGGGGAGGCAACAAAAAAAAACAGUCCCAACAGACCAAAGGCCAUUUUCUGUGACCAAAUAAUGUACAAAAGCUAAAAUAGCACAAAAUAGCUUCAGAUUAUCCCUGUCAGAUUUUAACUGUCUGGAAAAUUCUACCCAUCAAGCCAGUGAGGUUGUAUUUUCCCUUUAAAUAUGAACAGAUUGGCAAUACUGCCAGGGGUGCUUUAAUUUCAAAAGAAACCUGAUGUUUUGCUGGGCAUUGUCCCAAUACCUCAAACUGAGGAGUUUAUACAAAUUCAAACCUUUGUUAAGGCCUAUCUUGUUCCUGAUAAUAGAGAUUAAUUUUGUAAUUUUGCUUUUGAUUAAUAUAUUUUUUGUAAUUAAGUAGAGCGUAUGCUGCCAUAGAUAAAUACAUGCACACAUUAGAGUGCUUGGACCAAUAACAAAUGUAAGUUUGUUACUUUUUCUUUGGAAAGAGGGUAGGGAGGUCAGGGAAAUGCUGAGAAAUUCUUAAAAAAAAAAAAAAAGUCUAUGUAAGACUUGUCUAAAACUGCCUUCAACGUUUCCCUCCAUUUUAGUCCCGAGUUUCCCUCCAUUUUCUCCCAUUGGCUGGAUGUCUCUGAGGGAUGCUCUUUCUUAACCAACCAGAGGGAGCAUUCUAGGUUUCGCCAGGCAAAUCAAGAAGAAUAAAUGUACAAAACAAAAGAACAAAUUUAUAUUUUGAUAAGUAGAAAAACAUCUCCAUGGUUCACAAUGAAUGCAACGCCACAUAUGUGUGUUUGAAUGUGACUGUACAAGUGCAACAAAUGCAAUUCCAACCACACUACAAACUGACGCACUAACGUGAACAACAAAAAAAUAAAAACAUAAGGCGGGAACAAAAAAAAACUUGCUGUCACAGAGGGAGGGCGCAAACAGAUUUGCUCUUCAAAUGCGAUUGUUUCCACUUGGAUUGAACUGUCAGAAAAUGGAUGUCAAAAUAUGAAAAAAGAAAAACAAAUGGAAAAAAAACAACAACUUGUAGAGAAAAAAAAUCAAAAGAUGCAUUUUUGUAACUUUGUUUACCAGCAUGAAAACUUUGCAUGACUGUAUUUUCUGCGAGCCCUUAGUUAAAGUGAGGAGGGCUAAAAUAAUAAUGAAAAAAAUAUGUUAAUAAAUAAAAGAAACAUGAUAUGCAAUGGAUAUUUAAGAAAAAUAAGAUAUUUAAAAGAGCUAUAUUUUGUUUUGAAAUAGGAAGAAAAUGUGAAUAAA